UGGAUCGGUGGAACUCGUAAACUAAGACUUCAAGAUGAGAGAAGACAGCAAAAAGAAUUUUUUGAGAGAAAAAAAUUUGCAAGCAAAGUUAAGAAGUCAAGACCAACUUCUCCAGGUCGAAUAAGAAGAGGCAUAAGCCAAGACUUGCUACAACUACAUGUUGUAAACAGGGCAUAUGAUCAUAAUAGAAAAUGCAAUAUCGGAAAAGUUGAGAGAGAAAUCAAGAAGGUUGACCUUGACAAACACAUGGCUAGCUCCACACAGAGGAGGUUCCAAGAAGUAGACCUACCCAUGUCUCCUUGCAAGUCAGUCUCAAAGAUCUCCCUUCUCUCAGCCAGUGAAAGUGAAGACCCACUGAGCCAGCAAAGAGAGGAAAAGAGACAACAGAUUUUUGAUAAAUGGUCAGCAAAGCUAAAUAUUGGGAAAGUCCAUGACAAUCAUACAAAACACCAUAUUGAAACAAAUCCAAUGAAGUCAGAUGACUUCCCAAUGGAAUACAGACGGCCUGAUAGAAAACCAUCAAAAGGAGCUCCAUGGACAGUUUAUGACCAGUAUUCCAAGGUGUAUAACAAAGGAGGUGUACAGUCAAACCAACAGAGGUGGAUGGCCUCUGACACAAUGAAGGGUAAUGCAGCCAAUACAUAUGACACAGCAAGACAUUGGCAGACUACUGAUGAUGAAAGUAGUACUGAUAAUAACUUUGCUAUUGGUAUUACUCCCUUCAAGGAUUCACAAUGGCAGACCCCAUUUUUGUCACAAAUAGGGCAAUCUCAGUUGACUCACCCCCUACAACCUAUUCAGAUAGCACUCCCAGCCUGUGAAUCAAAGCACCCUGACCACCCUGUUCAGGCCACCAUCCCACCUGAGGUGAAGAAAAGAAGAGCUCUCUGGUCUAGUGAAGAUUUCCAGAUAACACCACUGAAGAAAUAUAAAGCUGAUGAGAAGAGAAUACAAAGACAAAGACAAAGCAAGACUAAACAGGAAUCUGAGCAGAGAAUCGAAGAAAAACAUGAAAUACAAACUAUAAAAGACACAGAUUCACAUCAGGAAUUAAUCAGUAAAUAUUCUAAAUAUUUGCAACCUGAAAAUGUUCCCAAAACCAACUUUAAAACUCAGAUACCUGAAACCCAUACACAGGAUAAAGACACUUUGAAUACUCAGACAUAUCCAUCUCAAGUUAAAAGAAAGAGAGAAACCACAACCAAUAAAGACUCCCAGUUAGCUGAGAUUGUGAAAUACGACAAACCAGUUGAUGACUGGAAGACACCAAAUGUGAAUGUUCCGACACUAGAAUGUCGCUCUGUGAAGACUGUCAACUCAAAUGGAGACACACCUGUUUUUGAUAUCCUAGAUGAUGCUGUAUAUAACAAAAUGAACCCAGUUAUUCACAAAACAGGAAAGUCGAAGGGAAAUUAUAAUUCUAGGUUGAAGAAAGAAGAGCAAAAUUCAAGAGGGAAUACAGUUAUGGAAAGUAAUGAAAGUGCAGCAAAGAUUCACACAGAUAUAGCUGACGUCUCAAUCUCAGGGUUUCAGACUGUUGGAACAUUUUCUCUGGGACUUGAUUUUGACUCCCAAGACAAGGAAGAAACUAUUAAGAAAGAGCCAGAUAAAGAUGAUCAAAAUCAGCCUAGUUCUGACAAAGUUGAACCUACUACAUCAUUAAAAGCCCAGGAUGCCAAAACAGAAACGACACCCUUCUGUAAUGCGUCAGGAUACAAAAACAAUCUGAUGGAAUUUUUGGGAUUUUCUACCCCUUGGAACCCUGGUCAGGACUUACCUCCUUCAACAAAACGAAAGGAUUCAGAAGGUGAUCCCUCAUCUCUGAACAAGUCUGAGACACCAGGGUCUACAAAAUGUAGGUUACAGUUCCAGAAUACCAGUAAGAAAGAAGAGCCUGAUGCCAGCAAACAGUGUAGCAUUCAACCUAGUGAAUCACUAAAUAAGCUUCUAGGCCUUGAUGAUGAUAGUCAAGAGGUAGUCCCUGCUGGACUUGAGGAUGUGGCACCAGAGACAGGGACAACAACCCCUGGUACAACAACCACUGGACAUUCUAUCAAUAUAUUUGAGAAUGCAACUGCUGCCAAGGCAAUAAUUGAGACAAUCACAUCCAAUGCAACACUUCACAAAAAUAUUGUGGGAUCAUGUGACCCAAAAGACACAAUGCAACUGUCUUAUAAAGAACAUUCCUCCAGCGAUAUUAAUACAGAACUAUGCACACUCACUGCAGAAACUGAACAUAGUGCAUUGAAUACUGAAGGACAUAGUCAACCCAGUACAGGAUGUGCUGCACCAGUUGCAGACAGUGUUUUACCUAAUAAAGACAAUGAUCAGAUUAGCACAGAACAUAUAGUGCAUGAUAGGGAAUAUGUUAUGUCUGAUAUAGAAUAUAGGCACACACAUAGUGUACCUGAUUUUGUGAAGAACCACCCAGAAUAUUGUGAGAAGUAUUACCAAAGUGUGUCUCCAAGUGUAAGAGCUUUAAUGCUCAACAUGAUUCAAAGUUUUGAUGCAGAAACUAAAGCUGAGCAGGGAAACAAUUCAAAUGAUCUGGUUGAUACUAUAGGGCAAUUGAAGGAAGUGGUUCUUAAAGGGAAUAAAGAAUCCAGUGAUGUAGUAUUGUUAAAUGAUACAUAUGUCAAACUCAGUAGUUCUGAAGGGCACAGUGAAGAAGUUGAUAAUGCUAUUGGCAAUACAACUGAUAAAGUGAUCCCAGACACAUCACAAGACAAGGGCAGGCAUCCCAAUAACCUACCUACAUUGUCUUUAGAUGGAGUAGAAAAUGUACAAUGCAAAACAUGUGGAUUUCGAAACAAGCAGUUAAUUCAUAUAUCUACUCAAACAAGCCCUGUGAACCAGCCUGUUACUGCUCUUGCGUUGCAGCCCAUUCAGCUGAAGAAUGUAUGUACAAUGACUUAUGAACCCCCAGGCUCUGUACCAAUAUUACCAUUACAAGAUGAUACUAACCUACCAGCCUUAUCAACUAGAGUAUCAAAGCCAGAGGAUAGUAAACAAUCAGUUUUAUCAGAGUCAAAGGACAAUAAAUUACCAGUUUUAUCACAGCCAGAGGAUAAUAAGCUUCCAGAUUUAUCACAACCAAAUGACUUUAAACCAUUAGUCUUAUCACAGUCAGAGGACAAUACACUUCCAGCCUUAUCACAACCAGAGGACAAUAAGCUUCCAGUCUUUUCAAACCCAGAGGAAAAUGAACAUCCAG